GGGAAGUUACAAACAAAACUUUCUUUCCCUGUCACACAACUCUGUCUGCCUCCAAAACAAAAACUAGUCUCCCUAAAGCUUUCCUAGAAACAAGAAGUUUUACUGGAACUAGAAUAUGGGAAUAACUUUGAUCUUCACAGCUUUGCUAGUCCUGUACUUGAAUGGCUCUAUGGAAGCUGAGAGUUCAGGAAAAAUGGGGUUGCAUCCUGUUCGGCAACAAUAUCAGCAAAUAGAAACAGAUGUAGUUCUGCAUUGUGAUACUUUAUCUGAUAUGGAAUGGAGACUAAAUGGAAAGAAGAUUCAUCAUAACAAAGAGAAUUUAAGUAAGACUCAUCUAACACUGCUGCAGGUGCAUAAGGACCAAGAAGGAAUCUAUACGUGCCAUGACAUUCACAGCAACCAAACCUUAACAGAGAUAGAAUUACAUAUGGGAUUUCCGCCAAUGAACUUGACUAGCCGAUGUUGGGCUACAAGUUAUCCAGAGCAGAUUCAAUGUACAUGGAAUCUCCAUCAUGAUACUCAACUGAAUACCACAUUCAUUACAACUUACAGGUUGGGUUUAUCAGAACCUGACAGUCAGUGUGAGCAAUCUAAACUGCAUCCAAACAGCUGUAUUAUAAGUGACUUUCAGAUGUUCGCAGAGGUUCCAUAUCUUCUUAAUGUCACAGCCAAAAACCCAUUGGGGUCCAUCACGCACCUGUUGCCUUUUAUAGUGGAGGAUAUCAUACGCCCGGAUCCACCUGAGAAUGUAAGGAUUUCUAUAAUUACUGGGGAGAGUAGAAAACUACUCCUGAGAUGGGACCCUCCUCAUUCUUGGCCACUUCCAGAAAUGUUUCCCCUGAAGUACCUGAUUCGUUACAAAAGAGUUGGAGCAAAAUAUUAUAAGACGGGAAGGAAAUCAGCAAAUUUUAGAGACUAUACUCGCAUCCCUUCGAGAUCCCAAAGAAAAGAUGACAAACCAGUUCAUAGAUCAAGAUCUCCCAGAUCACUUUCUCCUAUUCAUCAAGAUCUAAUGGUCCAAUAUUUUUUUAGUUUCAUGCGUUUUGUUUAUUUUCAAUGUCAAAUUGACUUUUUUAAAGGUAUCUAGGUAAAUUAAAUAAUGCUUCUUGAUUUUCCUCUUUUUUUCUAGGUUUUCCAGAUUAUUUUUGAUUUUUGGUGGCAGUUAGCCUAGGUUACUUAGGUAUACGUUUUUUUACCUUCUUCCUUUUGAGCAAAAAAGUCGUUCAACAGGUUAAUGUGACCCUUAUAGGGUGAUUUUGUUUGUUAAAAGUUUUUGGUUUUUUGUUCUUAUUUUUUCUAGUUUUUCUCAUUAUACUUAUGUUUGAUUUAUCCUCUCUACCUGACAAGAUGUUAUACUUAACACAUGUUGUCAUUUUAAAGUAUCAAACUAGGCAAGAUUUAUAUCUCAUAUUCUUUAAUGAGUAAUUUAAAAAUUUUGACUUGGAAUGUUAAUGGGUUAAACUCAUUUGUGAAAAUAAAGAGAAUUUGAUGUGCCCUAAAAAAGCAGAGGGUUGAUAUAGCUCUACUUUAAGAGACUCAUCUUUCUUACCAGGAAUCUAAUAAGCUAAAAAGAGAUUGGGUAGGGUCAAUAGCUUUUUCUCGAGCUUUCAAGAAAAAAAGAGUUGCUAUAUUAUUUCAUAAAAUAUUGAAUGUUAAAAUUAUACACACAGAAAUAGAUGAUAAUGGUCGUUUUGUCCUCACUGAAGUUCUUAUUAAUAACAAAGUUUGGAAUUUUUGCUGCAUUUAUGCCCCCAUAACAAAAUUGGUUUGUAUGUGAUGUUGACUCAAAAAAUUACCUCUUUACCUCAAAAUAGGUUAAUUGUAGGUGGAGAUUUUAAUGAGGUACAUGUUCCUUAUAUGGACGUGUGGCCCGGAACAAAAACUUUCCUUUAAUAAAUCUAUAUUGAUAUCUAAUUUCUUGAAAAAUACUAGAUUAACUGAUAUUUGGAGAGCUUUGCAUCUUACUGAGGUAGAUUUUACUUUUUUUCUCAUCCCCACAAUAUGGGUUCCAGGAUAGAUUUUAUUUUUUCAUCUAUGGACAUUUUAAAUAAGGCUUAUUCAGCUGAUAUAGGGGUAAUUGGUUUAUCGGACCAUGCAUAUGUUUUGGCAGAAUUUAAAAUAAACUCUGCUUUUAAAUCGUA